UAUUCAUCCCUGACCCCCUCAUAUGUCUCCAUCUCCGCAUCCAUCCAUCCUGUGCAGUUCAUCCGGUAUGCGCGCCAACCAUAUUCAGGCACGGCCGGACUCUCUUGACCGUCUGAUUGCUGGAAGAAAUGCAAUUAUACUUCCCAAGUGGCAAGGAAGUGGGGUGAAGCAUCACGUACAUUACAUUGACUUAGGGAGAUGCUCGUCAUGAAAUGUCCCUCUAAUGUAACCUUUGCUAUACAGUUUAAUUGCUAUAAAACUAAUGUUAUGCUCACGAAAAAGCACAAUGCAGUACCUCAUCCAAUUUGGGCACUUCCAAGCACUUGAGAAUGCGUUUCUUGCACCUUCUUACUGUCCUUUCAUCCCUUCUCUGGGGCGGAAUCGCAACAGAUAAUGGUCUGACGAAAGCAGUAACAUGGGAUCCAUACAGUUUGACCAUCAAUGGCAGCAGAGUCUUUAUCUUCUCUGGGGAAGUCCACUAUCAGCGCAUGCCUGUGCCUGAGAUGUGGUUAGACAUCUUCCAUAAGUUCAAAGCCAAUGGUCUCAAUACCAUAAGUGUCUACUUCUUCUGGUCAUACCAUUCCCCAUCGAAAGGCGUCUACGAUUUCGAAACCUCGGGAAAGAACGUCCAAAAGCUAUUCGACUAUGCGAAAGAAGCAGGGCUUUGGGUGAUCGCCAGAGCAGGGCCAUACUGUAAUGCCGAAACAAAUGGUGGAGGAUUGGCCCUCUGGGGAUCUGACGGAAGCUUGGGGAACCUGCGGACCGGCGAUGCAACAUACCACGAUGCUUGGUUGCCAUGGAUUACACAGAUUGGAGAGAUCAUUGCCAGGAACGAAAUUACAAAAGGAGGACCUGUGAUCUUGAAUCAGCACGAGAACGAGCUUCAGGAAACAUCCCAUGUAGCGACAAACACGCUGGUUAUUUAUAUGGAGCAGAUUAAGAAGGCAUUCUUGGAUGCUGGUAUUACGGUGCCGUCAACACAUAAUGAGAAGGGCAUGCGUUCGCAGUCGUGGAGUACGGAUUAUCAGAAUGUCGGAGGGGCAGUAAAUAUCUAUGCCCUCGAUUCAUAUCCUGGAGGAUUCUCAUGCACAAACAUCAACACUGGCUUCAACCUUGUCAGGAACUACUACCAAUGGUUCCAAAACUACUCUUAUACUCAGCCAGAAUAUUUGGCAGAGUUCGAAGCCGGGUACUUUACUCCUUGGGGCGGAAGUUUUUACGAUGAUUGUGCUGCAGAACAUGAUCCGGUAUUUGCGGACGUAUACUACAAGAAUAAUAUAGGGCAGCGUAUAACACUUUUGAGUCUGUAUAUGGCUUGGGGAGGAACAAAUUGGGGUCAUUCCGCCGCUCCUGUAGUGUACACUUCCUACGACUACUCUGCCCCUCUUCGGGAAACUCGCCAGAUUCAGGAUAAGUUCUACCAAACCAAACUGAUCAGUCUGUUCACGCGCGUAUCAACGGACCUCCUGAAGACUGACAUGAUUGGCAACGGAACUGGAUAUGCAGUGUCUACACCAUUAAUCUGGACAUGGGAGCUUCGAAAUCCCGAUACUGGUGCCGGGUUCUAUACCGUACAGCAAGCAACAUCCAAAUCCAGAGACUCGACAACCUUCUCCGCGAAUCUCAAUACAUCCGAAGGCGUCAUCACCGUGCCAAAUAUCAAUCUGGAUGGUCGCCAAAGCAAGAUCCUCGUUACCGACUAUGUCUUUGGCAAGAACACCCUUCUUUACUCCUCAGCGGACGUUUUGACGUACGGUAUCUUCGACGUCGAUGUGCUUGCUCUUUACCUCAAGCCUGGUCAGGCAGGCCAAUUUGCGAUCAAGACUAGCACUGUAGACACCACACACAGCACUGAAGGAACCACUAAAGUCGCAGUCGAGUCAGUAAAUAGCACGGUAACUUUCACUUAUACUCAAGGCACUGGAAAGACUGUUGUCAAGUUUGGGAAUGUGCUGAUCUACCUUCUUGACCAACAAACGGCCUGGAAGUUCUGGGCUCCUCCAACAACACUCAACCCGGAUGUCAAACCUGACGAGCAAAUCUUUGUUUUGGGUCCCUACCUCGUCCGUAGUGCAUCUGUAUCUCAUGGUGUUGUACAUGUAUCUGGCGACAAUGACAACGCGACAACGAUCGAAGUCUACACUGGAAAUUCUGACAUCCAAACGAUCGACUGGAACGGGAAACGCCUACCCGCGACGAAGACAUCCUAUGGUUCAGUCACAGCACAAAUCCCAGGGGCUAAAGAUCGAACAAUUUCUCUUCCAGCCCUUACAAACUGGCGCUCUAAGGAUACUCUACCGGAAAAAUUGGCAUCGUACGAUGACUCGAAGUGGGCUGUGUGCAAUAAAAGUACGACUCUCAGUCCAGUCGCCCCUCUGACGAAGCCAGUGCUCUUUUCGAGUGACUAUGGAUUCUACACAGGCGCCAAGAUUUAUCGCGGGUAUUUCACAGGCACAAACUUCACGUCCGUGGACAUCACUUGUUCCGGAGGUCUUGCCUUUGGCUGGUCGGCGUGGUUAGAUGGCAACCUCAUCGGCGGCAACGUAGGAAACGCUUCGCUUACGACCACAUCAUCCAUCCUCACCCUCCCCAAGGCGUCCCUCAAGUCUGGCGAAAAUCUCCUCACAGUCGUCGUAGAUUACCACGGCCACGACCAAACCUCCACCGCAAAAGGAGUCGAGAAUCCCCGCGGAAUCCUCGGCGCAUCUCUCCUCCCCAACGCCACCAGCUCAACCGGCUUCACCCAAUGGAAAAUCCAAGGCAACGCCGGCGGAUCAAAGAACCUAGAUCCCGUCCGUGGACCCAUGAAUGAAGGUGGUCUGUACGCAGAACGUCUAGGCUGGCAUCUCCCAGGCUUCACGCCGGACUCUUCGUGGGACCGUUCAGGCCCAUCAACCGGUCUCAGUACCUCGGGAAUCCGUUUCUACACCACUACAUUCCACCUCAACAUCGAUUCUGAUCUGGACGUUCCACUUGGUAUCGAGCUCGGCGCUCCAGCUGGUACAGUAGCCAGAGUUAUGAUAUGGGUGAAUGGAUACCAGUAUGGGAAAUAUGUCCCUCAUAUUGGACCGCAGACCAGGUUCCCUGUUCCACCUGGUGUGAUUAAUAAUAGGGGGUUGAAUACUGUUGCCCUGAGUCUUUGGGCUAUGACAGAUGAGGGCGCGAAGCUGGAUACGGUGAAGUUGAUAUCUUAUGGUGCGUAUCAGACGGACUUUGUGUUUAAUAAGGAUUGGAGUGCUUUGCAGCCGGGGUGGGAUGAGAGUCGUUUGCAGUAUGCUUAGACUUUGACGACGAGUGAGAAAUAGAU